AUGUGCAAUGGCAGAAGAUGGUCUUGCAGCGUUUAUCGGUACUCUCAACCCUCUUUGGCAGGAUCGUUGAAUUUUUUCGCCUAAACAGUCUUAUUUUACACGUUGCAUUUGUUUGAAAUUCAGGACAGAGAUGUUUAAAAAAGCAAAGAGGGUUAACUUCAGGCGAAGGAACGAAUCGGACGACGACGACGAAAAGGAGGACGUUCAACAACCCCAGCUGCCGCCACAACCGCAGCCAUGCGGCCCUGCAACUGAGGAGCCAGAAGGCUGCAAUCCUGAGGCUUUCGCCGGCGUGAACCUAGACGCGCAUCACGGAAAUGGACUCCAGAGUAACGCUAUAAAGACAGUCAAGGAGAAAAAGAAAAACAAGGAUACUCGCGAUAUUCCCAAAGCCAGUUUGCUGAGCUUUCAUGAUGAAGAAGAAGACACAGAGGUCUUUCGAGUGAAGAAACCCAACCACAGCAAGAAGAUCGUAAAACAGCUGAAAAAAGAAUACAAGGAAGAUUUGGAGAAGACUGGCCAUGUCAAACAGGAACCAAGCGGAGCCAAUGAUGAGGUGACAGCGUCAGUGCCAGUUGCUGUGAAGGAGGAGGCCCGGGCAGAGGGCAGCAGGGCCAGCAGCGAGCAGGGCGAAGAGGAGAUGGAGGUGGACAGCAAUGAGGAGGAAGAGGAGGAGCAGGAGAACGAGCCAAAGAGCACCCCAGGGGGAGUCUUCUCCAACACUCUGUCCUCACUCAGCACACUCAGACCUGGUGAGAUCCCCGACGCCGCCUUCAUCCACGCCGCCCGCAAGCGCCGUCAGCUGGCCAGAGAGCAGGGCGGGGAGGUGCCCCCCCAAGAGGCCGAGGGCCCGAAGAAGCGCCUGGUGCGGGAGGACGAACAGGACGGCAGCGACGAUGAAGACGAGGACGAGAAGAGGAUCGUCUUCAGCGGCGUCAGGCAGAAGACUCAGCGGCAGAAGAUCGCCGAGGAGAUAGGCAUAGAGUGCAGCGAUGACGAGGCUCUGGAUGCCAGCGGCCACGACGAGGAGCUGAGCCGCUGGGAGCAGGAGCAGAUCAGGAAGGGCAUCAGCAUCCCGCAGGUCCAGACCAACCAGCCAGAAGAUGUGAAUAUGUAUUACCAAAACAGCUAUGAGACCCAGCCAUAUGGGUCUUCCUAUGCCCUCCCCUAUUCCUACAACGCAAUGGGAGGGGAUGACUCCAAACCCAUCAAAUCUGAAAGCUCAGUAACCUAUUCCGCCCCUAGUAGUGAAUUGACUCCUAUCACUACUGAUUUGGUAAAGAAACGCCUUAAAGACAGGCUCAGCUCUAUGCGCCAGGGGCUCAGUAGCAAUGCCAAGCGCUACGAGCAGAUUCAGGAAGAGCUGGGGGCCGCUGCCAGCACCAUCCAGCGCUUAGAGGGCUCCGCCGACGCAGUCGCAGACCAGUAUAAAUUCUUGCAAGAAAUGCGAGGGUAUGUUCGAGACUUGCUUGAGUGUUUCAGUGAAAAGGUGCCGGUGGUGCUGGAGUUGGAGGCUGCAAUGCACCAGUUACUAAGGCAACGGGCGUCCCGGCUCGUCCAGAGAAGACAGGAUGAUAUUAAAGAUGAAUCAUCGGAAUUUUCAAGCCUUUCAAGUAAGGCCCUAAUGGCCCCCAAUCUUGACUCUUUCGGCCGAGACCGCGGAGCCUAUCUAGAACAUGCUAAACAGAGGAGAAUUGCUGAGAGGGAGGCCCGACGAACCCGGCGCAGACAAGCUAGAGAACAGAAUGGCAAGAGGGCGGAGCACCGGGAGGGACUGUCCAGCGAUGACGAGGAGACAUCCACGGACAUCACCAGCUUCAACCUGGAGAGAGACCGCAUCCUGAAGGAAUCAAAGAAGGUCUUUGAGGACGUGCUGGAAGAUUUCCACUCCCUGGACAGCAUCAAGGCCCGCUUCGAGGUGUGGAGGAAGCUGUACUUCACCUGCUACCAAGAUGCUUACAUCGGCCUGUGUCUGCCCAAACUCUUCAACCCCCUCAUUCGACUGCAGCUGAUCCCCUGGCUGCCCCUGGAGGCCGACUGCCCCAACUUUGAGUACAUGUUGUGGUUCGAGUCCCUACUGUUCUACGGCUGUGAGGAGCAACCGAAAAUGCAAAAGGGGGACCUGGACGUCAGCCUGCUGCCUGCCAUCGUGGAGAGGGUCAUUGUCCCCAAACUCGCAGUGCUGGCUGAUCAGGUUUGGGACCCCCUGUCCAGCAGUCAGACUACCCGUCUGGUGGCCUUCAUGCAUAAGCUCAUCAAAGGAUACCCCACAGUGCUGCACGGGGACAACAAGAACACACAGGAGCUCUUGAAGACCAUUGUCUUACGGACACGGAGGACAUUGGACAAUGAUGUUUUCAUGCCACUAUAUCCCAAAAAUGUGUUGGAGAACAAGAACUCUGGACCAUACCUUUUCUUCCAGAGGCAGUUUUGGUCCUGUGUGAAGCUCCUUGGGAACAUCCUGCAGUGGCAUGGGAUCCUGUCCAACUCCGCCCUGAGGGAGCUGGCGGUGGACAGCACCCUGAACCGCUACAUCCUGUCCGCCCUGCAGGCCACGGAGCCCGGGGAGGAGAGCGUCGAGAAGAGCCAGAGCGUGGUGGAGUGCUUCCCACAGCAGUGGUUCAGCAGCCUCAAGGGCCAGCAGACUCUUCCACAGCUAGAGAACUUCUGCAGGUACCUGAAGCACCUGGCCAGCACCAUCUACCGGGUCAGCAUGGGCGGCUCCGACGUGGAGCGGAGGAACGCAAGGGAACACAUAAAGGAGGUGGUGAAGUUGCUGGGGCGUAUGAACGCUCUGGAUCAUGUGAUCGCCGUGGCUACCGAGCACGGGAUCAAAGACAUUAAAACAUUACUGGAGAGCAAAUGAGGAAGGACAAAGGAGUUGGGACAGUUGACGGACUUCACUUGGUGUGUAUAUGAGUGUGUCUGUGUGUAUAUAUUGUGAAUACUGUACAUGUUUAAAAAGGAAAAGUGCUGGGAUCACUGGCCAAUACUUGUAAGCAAAUGACUCAACGGAAACCUUCAGAUUCAGCUGUGGACUGAGGCAAGGCCAGACCUGGACUCCAACCCCAAACCCUUGGUCCUGCAACUACGAUCCAACAGCUGCAUGGAUGAAAGAAGACAAGAGGAUCCUGGGAACCCUGCUCAUGGCUUUGGGCACAAGCCUUUUCAGAGCUCAUCUUUGUGGUGGAGGUCAUGAGGAUAAUAUCAUUGGUUCAUUGAGGUGGUGAGGAAAUAGACAGAAGAUUUCAGACAAAAUGUAGAAAUUUCCCAUCCCAAAGAGGCUGUGUAAGCUGACCCACCUGGUUCUUUGGAAAGUACACCCCAGACAACAGAAGCCUUAAUCCUAGUACACCCAUCUUCUCGGAUGUGAGUGUUACUGCAAGCAGCCGUUGUCACACCUAAUGAUUGGGCUGAGACAGAAUCGCCACAAAAGUAUUUUGAAGGUUUUAAAAUGCAGAACACCGUUUCAUAACACAAAGUCAAUUGCCGUUUCUGUUUGACUGCCUAGCCAUUUUCACUUGUAGUGCCUGGCGUGGUAGGUGUCUGCAGAUGGGUUCAAAAAAGCUCUUGCUCUCACAGCUCAAUAAAAUGCUCAUGUUUCGCUUCUGUCCUGCUCGUACGUUCAUCUUAGUGCUCGGUGCUUUUGCCUUUGUCAUCAUGGAUAGUACUCUGUCUCUCGCUUUCUUUCUGCUGGAAACGGUCUGUAGAAAACUGGCUUUUUGUUGGUGCUGUAUAACUGAAUUGUCAUUUUUCAUUGUCUUUCCAUCUCGGGCAGUGAAACCCGGUACUGAAUAUGAUUUUGCAAAAAUUUUUCUUACUCGAUAUUGACUUGCAGUUUGUAACCGCUCACAACAGCAAUUAUGGCAUGUAAGCCUCUUCCAAAGAACAGGGUCAGAGUUGUUAAGGCAAUGUACCUUUUUAGGGUACAUGGAAAAAUUAUAUUCAGAAUUGCAAAAACUAGAUAAAAGACCUGUUAAAAACCCCUAUUUAAAGAGGUAAUUCAGGACUAAUUCCAGAUUGUGAUAUGUGUACAGGGAUUCUGGAACGGGGAUGGGAAAUGCUUUGAGCGUUUUGUGUACCAUCUGUGGCUCUCCCGUGUUAAUCCUUACUACAGGUCUCAUAAUAGGUGUUUUAAUUAUUUUAAACAGAAUAGAUUGGACCAGUUUUUCAGACCCACCCUAUAAGUAGGUUAUUUUACAUUUAGGUUUGAUGGAACCACCGCACAAUUUCACCGUAACUAGCUUUCCUGUGAUUGGCUUAAGCAUGCCAGCUGCUCUCAACGGCACUUGUCCAUCUCAUUCAUUGGAAGAUUGUGCCAAAAUGCACACUGGCCACACCAAGGUGAAAUCAUUUACAUGUUUGCAAUUUUUUACGUUGGAUUUUUUUUUUUUUUUUUUUUUUUUUGUGGGGGUGG